CCGUUAAGCUUCUGGGCUCCUUCAAUACGAAGGAACCUCUACCUCUGUCCCAGCCGCCGCCAAGGAGCUGCCGCCUAUCGUCGGUCACCGCCAAGGCGCAGAGCUGCCCGCGGGUGAGCCCGGGAAGCCGACCGGUGAGGGCUCAACCUAGUUGAGGGAAGUCUGGGCAUCUGAGGAGCGGUCGCGCUCAUCAGACUCUCCGCCUGGGUUGCCCGAGGCCAUGCGCGAGAUGGGUCAGGCAAGAGCAACGCGGGUGGUGGACCCUUCUACCUAGCAUCCGUGGCCAGGGGUGACUGGCGCGGCCGCGGAUCCCAGCCUCCAUGGAUAAGCGUUCUCCAGCGACCAUCUUCAGUGGCUCCUGCUGGGACUUUCCUCUGAUGGACAGGUGCUCGGCGGGGACAUCGCAGGAAAGAGCUCCCUGGUACAGUGGAUCAGUCAGAUGCUGCUAUGGAGCCCAAAUCCCACCCAAUGCUCCUCACCAAGAAGCAGAUGGCUGAGAAAGUGGAGAGGCUGACCACGGAGCUGCAGCUGAUCACCAGCCAAAGAAAUGAGCUGCUGGAUCACCUGAGCCUCAUCAGUGAGGGAACCGUAGACAACAGACCAUACCACAAGUCAAAUAAUUCCUAUGAAGGGCUGAAAUUGGAUCAUACAGAGAUAAUGUCAGAACUGAACACCUUGGAGAUUGAUUUCACCGAAGCAACAAAGAAGUUCAGUGAGCUGAGAAAGGAGACAAUAUUCUAUCAUGGUCUGCACAGUCGGCUCCUGAUGGAAAAGACUCAGCUGAAGAAGAAGGUUGUCAUACUGAAGCAGGAGAAAAAGAAACUUCUGGAUGAUUGGGCCCUGCUGAAGCGCCACUUGGAGGACAUAAAUGUGAUUUAUAAUGACCAAGAGGAAAACACCAGUGACCUCAAAACCCAGCAACAAGAGGAGUUCAAGAGAUUGGAGGAAAGCCUUCAGUUCCUGCAGAAGCAGAAGGAAAUGGUCACUCAGGAAAAGGACUUGGCAGAAAAGCUGCAGCAUGAUUUUGAGGUCUCCCAGAUGAGGUUCAAAAAUCUUCAGGCUGAACUUGAACAGGCCACAGCCCAGAAUGAGAACCAACUGCAGAAGGAGCUGGUACAGCAAGAGCCACCUGUUGCCCCCCAUUCCCAGCAGCUACUGAAUUCCGGGGAUACAUUUUCUUCCCCAAAUUUGGUGUCUUUUGUGUAAUAGGCCCUAAUUAUGCCUAGCCAGUGACCCAGCAUAGCUGCUUCUGGGCCUUGACACACAUUCAUUCUUGACAAUGCUUUAGUAAGAACUGAGGAAGCCAAGGGAAGUCAUGGACAACAUGUCAUUCUCCCUCCUAGGAUCUAGGCCUCCUCAGAAACGGACGCCCCUUUGUGGCUAUGAACUCAGCAGAGGGGAAAUACCUCACCCUUGGGGAGGACGGGACAUGCAAAGCACAAAAGAAAAAUCGCUGUGCACAUCUUGACAAUGUUGUAACAAUUGGUUACUAUCUUCCUACUGUGUCUCCAAAACAAGCCACAGGUUGUAGGUCUGUUCUGUUCAACCUGCAGCAAGACAAUGCUGCAUAUCUUCAUUUUCUUCAGGUAGUGUGUGUCUUAUUCGUGUGUUUUAUUUGUUGAGACAGGGUCUCAUGUCUCCCCAGCUGUCCUCACACUGACUUUGCAGGUUCACCUUGAGCUCCGAUCAUUCUGCAUCCUCAUCAUGGGUGCUAAGAUUACAAGCGGACAGCAGACGAUCCCGUGGAUUUGUUACGUUUUGAAUAUUCACACAGGCAAAUGCUGAUGGAAAGAAUCCCAUAGUGGCCAGCACCUUGCAGGGUUAGCCUGCUGUAGAACUCAUUCUUCUUCACAGCCCAGCUGACCAAGGGCUAUUUCAGUGUAUAUUAUUUCAACAAAGGGCAGCAAUUCAUCAGAAAGCAUCCCUAGUGUCUCAAAAAAUGCUGCAUGAAUGAGCCAAGGGCUUAUCAUUAAUAGAAUAGAAGUUGUGUAAAAUUCAGAUACUGUUCUGAUGCUCAAGAACUGUGUCAGGCAUUCAUGGAUCAUAUGACCAUCAGAUGAAAGGCAUGUGUACAGAAUGUGCCAACCCAAAAUUAUGCAGAGGCAGCAUGGCACCCUAUAUCCAGUGCAGGGGGGUCAAUUCCAGCCCCUGGUUUAUGAUGAGAUCUUGCUGAGUAUAAAGGGAAGAUAUAUGGGAAUCACCUGUGCUUCGCGUGACAGUAGAACAAAGGGGCAGUACAUCAAAUGGUACCUGCAGGGAGCAUGACCUAAACAUUGCCAGUGUGCCUGCGGCUGAUGAGAAUCAGACCUGGCCCUAAAAGGACAUAAUAUUUCAUAACCUUAUCAAUUUUAAGCUUGAGUUUUCAGGACAAUUCUCAUUUUCUGAUCUUUGCAAGGAAAAGAUCCUCAGAACCGCCGGGCGAUGGUGGCACACGCCUUUAAUCCCAGCACUCGGGAGGCAGAGGCAGGCGAAUCUCUGUGAGUUCGAGACCAGCCUGGUCUACAGAGCUAGUUCCAGGACAGGCUCCAAAGCUACAGAGAAACCCUGUCUCGAAAAACCAAAAAAAAAAAAAAAAGAUCCUCAGAACCCUACAAAUUUUUUCCUCAUGCAGACCUGAUUCCCAGCAGGAGAAUCAUAGUGGAUUAAAGAUUUAUCUUAACCCCAAAGGAAACAGGAAAUGAAGUGAUUUGGGGGCUAUGAGGUGUGUGAAAUAAGCGUGUUUGGUGAAGAGGGGAACUGAUAUUACCUGAAGGUGUAUGUUCCUAAUGGUGGAGCAGGAGAUACUGUGAAGAAAAAAGCAUGAGUUGCUGUAGACUUGUGAAUGAACAGAGGUAAGUGCAUAAGGCUCAGCAGCCCGUUCAGAGCUGAGGAAGUUACACUGGAUACAAACAUGCAUGACUAUGUGCAGGUUGCCUAAGGGAAAUGAGAGAGCUGUGGGGUUCAGGACAAAGCACCAGGGAGACUCAGACUGCUAGAAUCUGUAUGGUACAACAGAAUCGGUGCACAUUAGGAAGAUGAAGUUUCAGAAUGUUUAUGUCCUUAGGAAUGGAAUGAUUGCAGAUGAGGAAAAGCCUUGGCCCAGGUAUACUUAAGAUAUGUCUGCAAAUGGAGGUGUUUGGGACUCCACUCUGCAGUGAGAGAUUGCUGCAUAACUUAAUUUGUCAUUUGUCUUUUUGUUUUUUUUUUUAUUUUUGUUGUUUAGGUUUGGGUUUUGUUAUUUUGAUAUUAUUUGUUCUCGUUCUUGUUUUUCAUAAUUUCCCAGGGCUAUCAUUCACAUUUUUAUAUUGACUGUCCUUUAAAA